UUUUGAAGAUGGAUCUUGUCGUGGUGUGUGCUCUUGUUGGAUUGGUGUGUGGAAAAUCUGUGGAAUCUCAGUUGGAUUUGGACUAUCAUAACCAUGUGGGUAUUCCUACUGCGAAGCGGAUUAAAGCCCAUGAGUUGGAAAUGCACCAAAGUAUCAGGAUUACAGGGGGAGCGCUGGCUAGGAUUGGACAAUAUCCGUUUUUUGGCGGUAUCCUAAUCACGAUGAUCGACAACUCCCAAUCCGUCUGCGGGUCCACGUUACUCAGCAACACGCGAGCCGUCACCGCCGCUCACUGCUGGCGAACCAACUUCUCCCAAGCCAAGCUCUUCACCGUCAUCUACGACUCCAUCUUUCUGUUCUCUGGAGGCACCAGGGUUUCCACCAGCGACGUUGAAGUGCAUGAGGACUACAAUGCGUCCACGAUUUCUAAUGAUAUCGCUAUCAUCAAGCAUGCCUGGGUGGAUUUCAACACCGCUCAUUGCUGGCGAACCAACUUCUCCCAAGCCAAGCUCUUCACCGUCAUCUACGACUCCAUCUUUCUGUUCUCUGGAGGCACCAGGGUUUCCACCAGCGACGUUGAAGUGCAUGAGGACUACAAUGCGUCCACGAUUUCUAAUGAUAUCGCUAUAAUCAAGCAUGCCUGGGGCGGUAUCCUAAUCACGAUGAUCGACAACUCCCAAUCCGUCUGCGGGUCCACGUUACUCAGCAACACGCGAGCCGUCACAGCCGCUCACUGCUGGCGAACCAACUUCUCCCAAGCCAAGCUCUUCACCGUCAUCUACGACUCCAUCUUUCUGUUCUCUGGAGGCACCAGGGUUUCCACCAGCGACGUUGAAGUGCAUGAGGACUACAAUGCGUCCACGAUUUCUAAUGAUAUCGCUAUCAUCAAGCAUGCCUGGGGCGGUAUCCUAAUCACGAUGAUCGAUCACUCCCAAUCCGUCUGCGGGUCCACGUUACUCAGCAACACCCGAGCCGUCACAGCCGCUCAUUGCUGGCGAACCAACUUCUCCCAAGCCAAGCUCUUCACCGUCAUCUACGACUCCAUCUUUCUGUUCUCUGGAGGCACCAGGGUUUCCACCAGCGACGUUGAAGUGCAUGAGGACUACAAUGCGUCCACGAUUUCUAAUGAUACUCGUAUUGCUAUCAUUAAGCAUGCCUGGGUAGAUUUCAACAGUGCCAUACAUUCCAUCCCCAUCGCCAUUGGUGAAGACUCCUAUGUCGGCCAAUGGGCUCAGGCAGUAGGCUUCGGCAGAACCAGUGAUAGUCCUAUCAUCCCGCACGACCGCUUCCUCUCACACGUGUUCGUGCCAGUGAUAACCAAUGAAGAGUGCAAACUGACCUACGGUCCCAUCGUCCUUACCUCUACCCUCUGCGUGGCGACGACUGGGGGGAGAAGCACUUGUAGUGGGGAUUCUGGAGGGCCGCUCGUUGUGAAUAAUAAGCUGAUCGGCGUGACGUCCUUCGGUCACGCAGGCGACUGCACGCGCGGCUACCCGACUGGCUUCACGCGAGUCAACUGUUUUGCUGCCUGGAUCAAUGAUCGUCUCUAAUUAUCGCUCCCAAAGUUUGCGGACUCA